CUGGCCAUGUGAAGCAGGACUUGGUUUUGAUCUUGGAAACUCCAGUCAUUAGAUUUGCGAGCUUCUCACGGAGGCUGAUUCGGAUUCUUCUAAGGUAGUACUCUAGUUUUGAUUCUGGUUUAGAGUCUUCUCCGGCCACUUCAGGUGAAAGUAGCGUGAGAGUUAAGUGGAUUUGGCUGAUCUCGGGUCGGUAUGAACGCGCUUUUGAAGAAGAGCGGCGGAAAGAACGCGUGCGAGGAUGGAGCCGCCAGGGACGCGACGAAGACCGCGGACGCCGGAGCACAGCACACGGUGUACCCCAAACUGGAGAUCAGAAGAAACGCAGUGACGGACGAUUAUAAAGUCUCCAGCCAGGUGCUGGGCCUGGGCAUCAAUGGCAAGGUGCUGGAGUGUCACAGCAAGCGGAGCGGGGAGAAGUGCGCGCUGAAGAUCUUGUACGACAGCCCGAAAGCGAGACGAGAGGUGGAGCUGCACUGGCGGGUGUCUGGAGGGCCGCACAUCGUGCGCAUCAUCAGUCUGUAUGAAAACAUGCAUCAUGGGAAGAAGUGUCUGCUGAUCAUCAUGGAGUGCAUGGAGGGGGGAGAGCUGUUCAGUCGCAUCCAGGCUCGGGGAGACCAGGCCUUCACUGAGAAAGAGGCAUCAGAGAUCAUGAGAGACAUCGGCACGGCCACUGAGUACCUUCACAAUCUCAAUAUUGCUCAUCGAGACAUCAAGCCGGAGAAUCUGCUGUACACCUCAGAAGACCGCAAUUGCGUGCUCAAGCUUACAGACUUUGGGUUUGCUAAAGAGACCACAGUACACAACCCGCUCCAAACGCCCUGUUUCACGCCCUACUACGUGGCUCCUGAAGUUUUAGGACCAGAGAAAUACGACAAGUCAUGUGACAUGUGGUCGUUGGGUGUCAUCAUGUACAUUCUGCUGUGUGGCUUCCCGCCUUUCUACUCCAAAACUGGCCAGGCCAUCUCUCCGGGCAUGAAGAGGAGGAUCCGGAUGGGACAGUAUGAGUUCCCCAACCCAGAGUGGGCUGAGGUUUCACAGGAAGGAAAAGAUCUCAUCAAUCAACUUCUGAAGACGGACCCCAAUGAGAGGAUGACCAUCGCACAGUUCAUGAAACACCCCUGGAUCAGCCAGUCCACCGUGGUACCCUCCACUCCACUGCAUACCACCAGAGUGCUGACUGAGGAAAGGGAGCUGUGGGAUGACGUCAAGGAUGAGAUGACCAGCGCGUUGGCCACCAUGCGCGUGGACUACGACCAGGUAAAAAUCAAAGACCUGGACACCUCCAGCAACCCUCUGCUGAACAAGAGACGCAAGAAAGCCGCCGCAGGCGCCAAGAGCAGCUCCACCGUGUGCCAGAGCCAGUGAGACUGGAGGAGGGGCGAAGCACAUCACUUUACAUGAUGGAGAGACGGUUGAGGGCUGACGAAGACGAACCCUGGACGGUGUUUAAGAGCCGUCUUUUACACGGAUGGUGCAGUCUGGAUGUGUCAAAGCUAUGCACUAGUGCCUCAAUCACACACUCACACCAGGACGUUCUGGUCUCUUGUCGGAAUAUCUUCUGCCUUGUUUGCCUUAUUUAAGAUUUCUCUGAAAGAAAGACCUCAGUGUGGCCUUUGGAUCUGCUGCUGUGAUUCAGUGAGAUGAUGUGAAAGCUACUGUGGGGAAAGAUCCCUCUGCUUUGUUCGUGUCGAUUCUUGUGAAAUGUCCGUUCAUAGAGGUUGAGUAAAGCGCGUCCAGUGACUUAAGGGCCAAAGUUUUACUUCCUAUAAAGGCAGUGAAGCUUUAAAACUGUCAGCUGGUUAUGAAUAAAACUUUUUCAACUGAGGUUCAGUGAACCAGUAGACUGCUUGAUAAAUAUAUAUAUAGCACGGACGGAGUCGUUCUGAGAGGUGCAGCCAUUUGACUUGGACACGAUAAGGUCAUUGUCAGUAUGUUUAGAUCAUGAGCAGAGAACCUUUCCCCCAUUUUCAUCACGUGGCGGCGACGGCAUGCGUGGCACGGAGCAGAUAAUCUUGAGCACCACUGGUCUCCCUGGCUCUUAAUACGGGAUGACAGCGCAUCAUUAAUGGUGGCCCACAUAGAACACAGCGCUGGUGUUUAUUUACAGUCUGCUCUGUGGAAGAGCAAGCAAGGUGUUGGAUGGUGGAAUUUAACAGCGAAAUGACACGUAUCCUCAUGAGGAACAGCUGUAGUCGUUUUCUUACUCAGACCGUAUUGAUGACAAGCCCAGUCAUGAUGACGACACAGCUAUUACACACUGUUUGCACAAGGGUGUCGCAGACUUCUUCCUGGUUAUUUUCCAUGAAACCUAAUCUAGACAGAAGCCAGAGUGAAAACAAAAAAUCACUUAAACAGCA